GCCCUCGGCGGCGAGCGCCGCGCGGUCCGCCGCGGUGAGUUGAACGCCCACCUCUUCGUCCGCGCGGGACUCCGCUCGCUCCGUUCGCUCCGCGGCCCAGGCUUGCAGCUUCCCGAGGCUGAACCCCGCGCCCGAGCCGCCGUAGUACGCGUUUCGAUCGACGUGCAGCACGCGGUCGCCGGCGCGCGCCAGGGCGGCCGCCACCGCGGCCUCGGCAAACGCCGUGCCCACGACGAGCGCGUCGACGGGCGACGGCAGGUCCUCUUCGGUCAUCUCAGAUAUAUAGCUACCAGUGCAUUUCUAUUCACACUACCGUACCUACAGCGACCUAUACGCGGGAGCAGCAGAGAG